CUUUCGUUCUUUUGGGCAGCAUAUUGGAUCCAUGAACAUCUUUCAGAACGUCCGCGAGUACCUGACGCCGGUGCUGUCCGAGUCUGGGUUCGUCACGGAUGGCGUGCUAACACCGGAAGAGUUUGUGGCCGCGGGGGAUCAGCUUUGCUACAAGUGCCCUACGUGGCGAUGGGAGGGAGGGGACGUGGGCAGUCGCCGAUCGUACUUGCCUCCAAACAAGCAGUUUCUUCGCACGACGGGGGUGCCCUGUCGCCGCCGCGUGACGUCGUUGGAGCAAGAUUACAUUGGGGAAACGGCAGUCGAGGGUGACAAUGACUGGCUUGAGACCCACAACCAGAACAAGCCCGUUGACGACACGGCCGAGCGCAUGCAGCACAUCUCCCUUGACGGUGGCGGCUCUUCGCCAACGUCCUCGUCGCAAACAAACAUCCUCCGUACGCUAGUCGACGAGCAUUUCCAAGCGACAGCAGCAGCAACUACCUCCACGUAUGGCCAUGCCACCGCGUCUUCAUCGUCACCGCCCGACCUCAGUGCAUUUGACGACGACGACAAUCUGGUCGAAGAGACCGACGAGGCGACGUUGACGUACAUCGCCACGUCCGAGCCCGAGCCGACCGAACUCGAUGCCGACGGCAACUUGGUGUACACACGAACAUACGAUUUGUCGAUCAGCUACGACAAGUACUACCGCACGCCCCGCGUGUGGUUGUUCGGGUACGAAGAGAGUGGCGCGCCGCUCAAGCCCGACGACAUGCUGCAAGACAUCAUGCAGGACUACGCGAACAAGACCGUGACGAUCGACCCGCACCCGCACUUGCAAGGCAUCCCGCACGCGUCGAUUCAUCCGUGUCAACACGGCGCCGUGAUGAAGCGCAUCGUGGCCAACUUGAUGGGCGGCGGCAAGGAAGUGCGCAGCGACCAGUACAUGUUCAUCUUUCUCAAGUUCCUGCAGUCUGUGAUUCCCACGAUCGACUACGACUACACGAUCGACGUCGAAGCCAAGUCGUCGUAAUGUCGUCGACGACCCACAUCAACAACACAACACAAGAUGCUUUGGUGUUCGUAUAUAUAAUAGUACUAUGGUCAAUCGACGAUACACUCGCGACCUUUCACAUGCUGCUUACGUGAUGUUGUCUUCACGUUGCACCAGCAGACUCUGUCGCAGAU